UACACUCAAUAACCCCCUUUUAGUCUUCAUCUUCCUCGUUAGAUCCAAAAUCUCCAUUUCUUUCCUUCCUCCGUAAAACCCUUUUUCUUUAAAUCUCACCAUCCUCCUUCCUUCUCAGAUCUGCUUCGCUCAAGUUGGAAAGGUCUUCCGCAGUGUAGCGUUCGAUCUCCUCCUCCUCCUUGGGAUCUUCUCUGAGCUCUUAGUGAGUGUUAUAAUAAUGGCGAGUCCUUAUCCCGGAGCGAUGCAGGUGGGUUCGUACUUCGUGGGACAGUACUACCAAGUGUUGCAGAAGCAGCCUGAUCUCAUCCACCAGUUUUACUCCGACACUAGCAAAGCCAUCCGCGUCGAUGGUGACUCCAGCGAAACCGCCGAUACUUUGCUGAAUAUUCAUAACAUGGUCAUGUCACUGAACUUCACUGCGAUCGAAGUGAAGACAAUCAAUUCGGUUGAGUCAUGGGAAGGUGGUGUGCUCGUUGCUGUCUCGGGAUCCGUGAAGACAAAGGAGUUUAGCGUCAGGAGGAGUUUCAUGCAGACUUUCUUUCUCGCUCCUCAGGAGAAGGGUUACUUUGUUCUCAAUGAUAUUUUUCAGUUCAUCGAUGAGGGAACUGUCUUCUAUCGUCACGGGGACGAGGCUCAGCUCAUCCCUCCAAACCCUCAUCCAGAACCAGAACAACCUCAAGUUCCUGACUAUGUUUUGGAGCAAGAGGCGAGAGACUAUGUGGAUGCUGUCCAAAUCAAAGAUGAUCUUGUGGAUAAGUACAGUCUGCAAGAGGAGGACCAGCAUCAUGAAGAUUACGAGGAUGAAGUUGAGGUUGAGGAAACACCUAGGGAGGAAGCUGUGGUUGAUGUCGUCCAUGAAUCUCGUGCUGCACCUCCAGAGGAACCACCCGUUGGUGAAAAAUCCAAGAUGAGUUAUGCUUCCAUUUUACGGGUUGCAAAGGAAGCAGCUGCUGCGCCUGUUGUUUCUACACAGCCAACAUAUAACAAGAACGCUCAAGAGAGUAAUGAGUGGGAUCAACCACUGAGGACUCCUUCCCCUCAGGUGGCUGCUCCUCAGCAAUCAAACGCUUCGUCACCAUAUGUUACCGACUAUGGAGCAGAGGCGGAAGAUACCUUCGGGUUUGAGGACUUUGAGAUCAAAUCAGUGUACGUUAGGAAUUUGCCUUCCGACAUAUCUGCUUCUGAAAUCGAGGAAGAGUUUAAGAACUUCGGUACAAUCAAGCCUGACGGUGUUUUCCUCAGAACCCGCAAGGAUGUUGUUGGUGUUUGCUACGCUUUUGUUGAGUUUGUGGACAUGACUUCCGUCGAGAAUGCUAUAAAGGCUUCUCCAAUAUACUUGGGUGGAAGGAACGUAUACAUUGAAGGACGAAGACCUAACCCAGCUGGUGUUCGCGGAGCAAGAAGAGGAGGACGCGGAAGGGGUGGUGGUUACCCAACAGAAGCACCAAGAGGCCGGUUUGGUUCUUCCCGUGUGGCCGGGAGAGGAAACCAGGAUGGAGGUGGUGACUAUAGGCCAAGAGGCAACGGUUACAGCAACCGUGGUGGUCGCUAAAGAACAAGGAAAAGCAAACUGAAUCUUUCUUCUAUAAGUUCUUUUAUAGUAACCAAAAGGAUGAAUGAUUCAGAGGUUUUUGUAUUUGGUUCCAAUGAAACAGAGAUUUUGGUUUAUAAAUGUUUUCUUUUUCAUGUGUUAGAUUCCUUUGAGAAUGGCUUUAGUUAUGUAACAUUCCAAUUUUUGUAUUGUUUUUCCUUUUCAUCAUUGGUUUUAAUUUGAAAAACAUCAGUGUGUUGCAGUUA